AGGACCCAAGGAUAUGUCCGGAGAUUCUGCCUGGGGAGAAUGAUAUCCCGGGAGCUGUAUUUGAUUUCAUUUCUACAUUUGAUAUGGACAGUAUAUUAGGAGUACAGGGAGUAAAGAAGGUUAAAGGUUCUAGUGAUAUGCAGACAGCUUACAGAAUAGGUAGAAAAGCCGAUCUUAGAAUACCAACUAGACAACUAUUUCCAUAUGGUAUGCCUACCCAGUUUUCCUUUGUCAGUACAUUUCGGAUGAGUAGUAAGACAAGGAGAGAAACCUGGAAUUUAAUAAGGGUAGAGGAUUCUUUUGGAGAGCCUCAAUUUGGUAUUCGCCUGAAUGGUCAAUCCAAACAAGUAGAAUUUUACGUAAAAGACUAUAAUAACCAAUUACAGACUCUCGUAUUCAAAGGCAAAGAGCAUAAAAAGUUAUUUGAUAAAAACUGGCACAAGUUGUCGUUCCAAGUACUUCAAGACAAGGUCACUAUAUAUAUAGACUGUGACGUCAUUCAGACUCUACCCUUAGAACCAGCAUCAUUCUCCCAGUUUGAUGUCAAUGGAAACAUCAUUCUUGGAAAAAAAGAAGGAAACGAUGAAACAGUUACAUAUGAUCUCCAGUGGCUGAUGAUGCACUGUGAUCCCUCUAUGGUCGAUAGAGAAUCUUGUGCUGAGAUACCUGAACCACCUCCAAAAAAGAAGAGAACAAAGCGUCCGAAAACACCACGAUUCCCACGGCCUUCUGGAGAAGAGGGUGAUAAAUGUCCAGUAGUGUGCCCUCGGGGGCCUCGGGGCUUUAAUGGUACACAGGGUAUGAAGGGAGAACGAGGAGCUGCAGGCCCACCAGGAUUACCAGGUCUCACUGGGGAUGCUGGCAUUCCAGGUGACAUAGGACCAGAGGGUCCUCGUGGUAGAGAGGGUGAGUCAGGUGUACCAGGGGCAACAGGACCAGCAGGCCCAAGGGGGGCAGAGGGUAAAUCUGGACCCCAGGGUGUAGCAGGACCUCCUGGUCUACCAGGGCCAAGGGGGGAAACAGGAGAUCCUGGGGCCCCAGGUCAGGAUGGUGAGCCAGGCUUUGAUGGUGAAAAUGGAGCACCUGGAAGAGAUGGAGUGCCAGGGUUAAAAGGCGAACGUGGAGACACAACAACUGUUACAGGUCCUGCUGGUUUACCUGGUGAUCCAGGGCCAGUAGGGCCACCAGGCCUUCAGGGUCGGCCAGGAAAGACAGGACCUGUUGGACCACCAGGACCCAUUGGAGAUCGAGGUAAACCAGGUACACCAGGCGCUAUUGGAAGAACAGGGCAAAGAGGUGCAAAGGGUGACCCUGGAAUAACAGGGAGAACUGGGAACACCGGAGACCCUGGCCCACCAGGUCCUCCAGGGCUCCCUGGGAAAAUUGUGACUGAACCUGAUGGACCUAAUGAAGUUAUUGUGGAGGGACCACCAGGUCCACCUGGAGUGCCAGGAAAGAGGGGAGCCGAGGGUCCAAUAGGACCAACAGGAGAGCCAGGGCCUAGAGGUGACAUAGGAGAACAAGGAAUGAAAGGAGAUUCUGGUGAACCUGGAGUCCCAGGCUUACCAGGGCCUCCAGGUGUAGAUGGCAUACCAGGACCAGUUGGACCCCAGGGAGUGACUGGGGAAAGAGGAAAACCAGGCAUCCAAGGCAGAAAUGGCCAGCCUGGAAAUGAUGGAAUACCAGGCCGACCAGGGGAAGAUGGCAAACCAGGAAUAGCUGGACAACCCGGGCAGAGAGGACCUAGGGGAUACCAGGGAAACCCAGGAGUAAUAAGUGACGAUAGACUGGAUGAGCGAAUCAAUGAUGCUAUAACAAAAUUGGAGGCUAGAGAAGGAAAAGAGGGAAGGGAAGGGAAAGAUGGUGAAAAGGGAGCUAGAGGAGAUAGCGGAGAUCCAGGGCCACCAGGAAAAAGGGGUCUUGAUGGUCUUGCAGGCCCUCCUGGUAAUGAAGGGAUGAAAGGUGAAGGUGGUGAGCCAGGACCACCAGGAAUGAAGGGAUCUGAAGGUGCCAGAGGAACACAGGGUCUUCCAGGUGAGAAGGGUGGACAAGGUUCAAAGGGAGAACAAGGCAAUGAUGGAGAAAAGGGAGACAUUGGUUCCAAUGGGAGACCAGGACGAGAUGGAAAACCAGGACCAAGAGGGCAACAGGGUGCCCCUGGCUUGCAAGGACCACCAGGCUCAAUGGGACCACCAGGACUACCAGGACCACCUGGAACUCCUGGCCAAUUUGGACAAAAAGGAGAACCUGGAGAUGGAUACGGCGAAGGUCCUGGAAGGGGUGGAUUGGAUGUCAUUGUAGGCCCUGGUAAUUAUGGACCAUCAGGACCACCGGGACCUCCAGGCCCACAUGGUCCCCCAGGAAUGCCUGGUGCUCGAGGACCACCGGGGGAGUUGGGACCGAGUGGAGCACCUGGCGCCUCAGGAAUGCCCGGCUUGUCUGGUCCACCCGGCUCACCUGGACCCCGUGGCUUGAGAGGUCAGCCAGGAAUGCCGGGAAUUCCAGGGUUGCCUGGACGCAGUGUAACAGAGAACGAGGUGAAGGAGAUUUGUUUCAAGGUGCUCAGAGAGAGACUGGAAGACUUAGUAGCAGGGCUACAGGGUCCAGCAGGCCCAGCAGGGAUUGGUCGUCCGGGCCGAACUGGCCCACCAGGAAAACAGGGAAUUCCAGGUGACAGAGGGCCCCCUGGUGACUUGGGAGAGAGAGGUUUGAUAGGAUUCCCAGGGGCACCAGGCCAAACUGGUCCAGCAGGAGCCCCAGGCCCACAAGGACCAAAGGGUGAGAGAGGUGAAGUUGGUUAUGGAAAAGCUGGUAUGCGAGGACCAAGAGGCGUACCAGGACUUCCUGGACCUCCAGGUGCAGGGGUGCCUGGAAGAGAAGGAGAGAGAGGUCCCUCAGGAGAGAGAGGAUUGCCUGGAAGUCAGGGCCCACCUGGAGCUCAAGGUCCACCAGGAUAUUGUGAAUACUGUAACUUUAAUGUACCUCAGGGCUAUCCUCCUAGGAAUGAUGUCAAGGGGCCUUGAAAACGUAUCAAACCACAUACUUUAAGGCCAGCCACGUUUUGUUCCCUCGACAGCAGGUUUAGUGGUGUUGCUAACACACACAAUAUAAAAAAUACCACUUAACACAUUUAGAAUAAUUUUAACUUCUAAAUAAAUCUUAUCUUUGAAUAUUUCACUUGGAAUGGUGACGGUCUUUUAUCAACUUGAAGGUAUCAAAAAUGGUUUUGAUCUUUUUAAGACUGCACUCUAACUGGGGUAAAAGGUUGGUUAUGGCACUGACUGUUAAACACAUGGUAUAUAUUGAAAUGUUUUGAUAACAGUAUGCACUAAUUCUGUAUGGCUAACAUAAGUCUUGGGGAAAAGUAACAUAAACAUCAUGCAGCAUUUCGGAAUGGGCUAAAUGUUUAACUUACAAAUAACUUCAAAAGAUAUACAUGUAUCUCAUAUUGGUAAUGGAGAAUUUCUUCUAUGUCAAAGCUAACAACUUCAGUCGGGCCAAAUCCUAACGUGUUGCCGACUAGCCAUACCUAUUGACAAUUGUAGAUAUUAAAUGUGUCGUUUUCACAAAAGCUAGAUUUGUAUGAAUAUAUUUAACAUAUACAUAUCAAAAGUAGUUGAUACUAAUUCAACAAUUUAAUUCAUUGAUCAACAGUUAACAGAAUCAUGCAAAUCUAAUUUUGUAUAAAAAAAUUAAAACUGCUGCACUUGAUUAUUAAAAAGUUGAUAACAAUAACUCACAUAGAACAUAGAAUGGCACAUAAAUGAGCACAUUACAAAUCACAAUGCGUUCCACAAGUUUGUGAUUAAUAUCAAAUCACCUGUCCUUGUUGUUCGUGUAUGUCCACUAAGCAACACUACACGGCCUCCUGAAGAUGAAGACUUUAGUUCUAUGCCUACUAAUACCUUAAAUAACCUUGCAUGAAAUCCCUUCUUCGCAUGCCAUAUAUUUAUUGCCUAUUUGUUUUUGUACUUACUUUGUAAUUGUAUGGGUGCUUCCAACGUAUUCUUACUUUUAACAAUCAUUAAGUAAAAAUUAGCUAUUUAUUUCAAAUCUUAAUUGCUUAAACCUGUGUCGUUUUUUAGGAAGUACAUAAUUAUUAUUUACAUUGUAUAUUCUGUUUAUACAGUAUAAUGCCAUCCAUAUAAAUAAUGUUUCUCAGAAAAUUAUUUAAGAAACUGAAAUCUAUCUACCAUUAAAUCCUUCUUGCUUCUAAAAUUUCAUUUGCCACCCUUUCUUUCGACCAUUCUGUUGGACACCACCACCUGCCUGUAGAAUAUACAGGUUUCUUAUAGCUUUUUGCAUAUUUCAGUAAAACUGAAUUCAGUUAUAUCAAAACUAUUUUGCAAUAACAAUCGCUUAUAUCUUUGCUUGUAUAAGAUCCAAACAAUUUACUUUUAUUUAGUGGCUGUAAUAUCUCAAAAUUUCUGUUAAUCCCUUACAGUACACCCCAUACUCCCUUUAUAUGCACAUUUGCACCAAUAUAAUGAAACGUCUAAGUCCACCCUUGCUUAAAGCCAGGCACAAGAGCUAAAGUCAGAACAAUGUAUAAAGCUGUGAUAUCAUGGUUGGUUUGAUUCGUUAUUAAUGCCCUUCUGGAUAUUAUUUCCGCUGUUGGUGGGGAUGACCUCAACAUCUGACCUCAAGGCUCAGCAAAAUGAACCAUCAUAGCCUGGAUCUAAGAAAUAUGUGGACUAUCAAUAGAAUUUCCGAUUCAGGAUUAUUCUUAAGUGAUAUAUGUUAAAUAAAAUGCCACUCAGGGUAACUAAUGUACCUAUGCAAUCAAGAGAUUAAGUGUCAGCUUUCAAAUGACAAUGAGAACCUGUUAAUCUCAUAUCAUACAGUAUGUUAAAUUAUCAAAAGUCCUAAGUAUUACUCUGUGGCAAAAUGUUGUAUUAUAUGAAGUAUUUUAAUUUGUACAAAUGUAUAACUCUAUGAAUAAUGAAUUUAUGUAUUUCAAUGCAUUUAAAAAGAGUAUAUUGCAACUGUGUACCAGUAUAUCAUAUUGCGAUGCAGCUAUUGCUGGUCCCUGAUGUAUUGCUGUUACAUGGCUGCAAUAGAGUGGUGCUACUGGUGAAUCUAGUGUCAAAUUAAUCAGUUUCUUGCCAGAGCAUAAUUCGAAACUGAGAAUUUGUGCCAUAUAUGAUAUAAAAUCGUAAAACAUUAUAGUAGGUAAGUAUUUUAGUAGGUAUAUUAUAUAUCGCUUUUACUGUAACCAAAACUCACAAUUAAAGCUAAUGAACAACUCCUGACAUCUGGAACAAGGUAGGUCAAAACACUAUGAAAACUUUUCCCCUAUCAACUCCAAUUUGAAAGAUCAGUAUUUCAAUUUUCAAUUGACCACAUUUGAAUUCUAAAAAGAGACAAAUGAAUCUUAAUCUCCUACCUCCUGUUUUCUCAUUAUGCUAAAGCCAUAAUAUAAUUAAAGGUGCAACAAUUAAUGCAGGGGGCCAUUCAACGAUCAUCGAUCAGUGUCAAAAUAUAUUUAAGUUUGGAUAUUUCAUCAAGACUAACAUAUAUUUUUAUUAUCUACAAAGAAAC